AUGAACCCGUCGCGGAGCCCCGAGACAGGGGGCUGUCUCUGUAAGCAGCUGUCUCAGACACAGGCAACUCGGCAGGCUGCGCAGGAGAACAGCGCCGGUGUUUCUCUUCCACGCGUGUUGGGACGCGACGGCGAAAAGAAACUCCGAAAAAAGCAGUUCCGUGCGACGCGCGGGCCCGCUUCUCGCCGAUUUCCCCUCCCACGCUCCCAGGCGUUCUCCUUCCCCACUCCUUCGCCGUUCAGCGCGCGAAAGCGUGGAGGAGCUACCCGCUGCGGCGCAUCAGAGCGAGAGGAAGACCCAGAAGAGAAGGGAACAGGGCGCGAGAACCUACAGGAGGCAGAGAGGCUGAGACAAUCGGGAGAGUACUUCUUCUCUCUUCUCUGCAUCUUUGGCCGACUGGCCGAACAUGCAGGACUCCACAGUUGGGGGCUCGCCGCGAAUCCGCGUCUCGAGUAUCGCCAUCUGCAUCCUUCUCCGUCGCUCUCUCUCCUCUCCCCUGCCGCCCCGCAACAGAGUCAACACUCUCCUUCCUCUCCUUCCGACGCGUUUGCGGCGUAUCUGGAGAGGCUCUGUCGGCUCGGCCAAGAGGGUCCAGGCAGUCACCAUCGUCAGCUCACGGCAGACGCGGCUCGGUUUCUUCGCGACUCCUUGCCGUCAAGAGGAGACAGCCGCGAAGGCGGAAUCGCCCAGCAGAAGGCGGGAGCGAGCGACAGGGAGACAGACCGAGAGGGCCCGCGAGACGCCGACCACGGGCCCGAAGACGGACGCGGACGCGAGAAGGCGAACCCACAACGAAGCGAAACGCGAGCAACGCGCGAGGACGCGAACGGGCGAGAGCGCAGCGGCGAAGAGAGACAGGGGAACGGCGAGGGAGGCGCCGCCGAGAAAGGCCAUUUCUACGUCCGGGGCCCGUGGUACAGACUCCUCAAGCUGAAGCUUCUUCUCGUUGGCUUCUUGAGAUAUCGCCUAAAGUACGGACAGCCGCUCGCGGCCUUGGCGGCGGCUGGCCUCGUUCGGCCCCGCAGAGGAGGCCAAGGGACCCGCCGAAACGAAGCGGAAGACUGGCUGCUGUCUCCUUUGUCUCCUCUUGCCCCUCUGUCUCCUCUUGGCGCGUCUCCACAGUCGCUCUCCUCUUCGGGUCCCCCGACAGCGCGCUCCUUCCAGUCUUCUGUGGCUGCGUCCGGUGCGGUUCGGGGCGAGGCGCCUGGCGCCUCCACCGGAGAAGAGAUCCAGCGCACAGGCCACGCCUCGGACUGGGCCUUUCCGCAGGGCGUCCCAGAGAAGGUCAGGCAUGCAAUUUUCACGGAGGAUGCUCUCCGCGACAGUCUGCCGUGGGACUGGAUUCAUCCGAGCGUUGUGCGCGCCGCCGGUGAAAUUGUCUGCGCAGGCUCUGAGCGGCUGCGAGGCGCCGAGAUGCUUCUCCUGCUCCUCGCGAAGACCUGUGCACCUUGUGGAGAACCGAACCCAGAGCGAAGAGAAGAGCGAGAAACGCCUGACGCCUCGCCUUCCUCAGUUUACCGGGCUUCCGCUUCGCCUUCUGCGACGGCUCCUGAUUCUGCGACGGCUCCUGAUCGAGUGUUGAGGGUGUCCCGUGGAGUCUCUGUCCCCGAGUCGUCUUCCGUGUCUUCCUCGGUCGCAUCGUCUCGCUCGCGGGUUUCUCUCCGGAGUUGUGGAUCCUCUGCGCCUCCGCGGUUCCCCGAGCCUCUGUCGCCGCCGCAGGGGAAGAAAGACCGGGAAAGGCAGAAGGAAGAAUUACAGCUGCUCCAGCGUCUGCAGCAACUGCGGCUGUCGUCUCGCGACUUCGCCGUCUUGUUGCCGCACCUCCCUUUCCAGUUUCCGUUUGAGGUGUUUGAGGAGAAAGCGACGGAAGUCGAAAUGAAGAAUUUCUGCUUCAACCUCUUUCGCAAGCGCCUGCUGCGCGCUGAGGCCCAGCACGCGCGGACCUCCGCCACGUCCCAGUCAGACUGCGAGCGACGCGCUGCAGCGCCUGCAGAAGACACGAAACGCGAGCGCGAAGACGCCGCGGAGCGCGAGAGGAGCGAGGACGCUUCGAGGGGAGGCAACGGGACGGAGAGAGCGGAGUCGCCGGUGCCGCCUCCGCAGCGCACGCAGAGACCCAGCGAAGACGAGCAGGCCGUGCCGCCACUGAGAGACUUCGGCAGUGCGCGGGGGGGAGAGGAGAGCAGAGAAGACGAGACAGGAAAGGCAAGACAGAGAGCCCGCGGAACGCCUGGGUCCGCGCGUGGCUCGGAAACGAAAGAAGCCGUGGACGGAGAAAGGUUGCAGCGACGUCACUCGCUUUUAGGUCCUCUUCCACUCUUCAGGCUCUUCGUUCAGUUACUGCGGCAUUCCGCGGCUUCUCUGUCGCUUGCAUCUCAUCUGCCUGCUUCGCCUUCUUCUCCUUCGAUGCGUUCCGAGGCAGACCGAGCCGCAGCUGAGGCUCCAUCAGGCGGUGAUGCUUUUUCGCGGUUGUGUUACGCGCGCGUCGUCGACUUCCUGAUGGACCAAGAAGUCAGGCGAAGGGCCAACUGGCAAGACGCGUGGGUUGCGCUUCUCAACGCCGCUGUUCAGCAUUUCCCGCUGUCCUCUCCGCCGGCGCGCCUGGCCAUUCAAGACACCUUUCAGUGGCUGCAGGGGCGUGUGCGCGGCAGCCACGACCCGCCGGCGUCGGUUUUCCUCUCUGCGUCUGGCCGCCCUGCAGUCGCCGCCCCCGCCCCUGCUCCCGCUGGAGGCUCCGAGGAACCCGGCGUCUGCACGUACCUUUUUGGCCGCGCAGGCGUCGCCGCUUUGAGCGCGCCUGAGACUGGAACGCGAGCCAGCAGUGCGUUCGCCCGCCAGACAGAAGAAACGCACGACGAAGCGCGCGGCGGCGAGGAAGAGCUCGACGGAGAGACAGGGGAACGCGGAGGAAAGGCUGGAGAGGAAGGUGGAGAGAAAAACGCCGGCCCCGGCGGGACGUGGAAUGCCGAAGGACGAGAAGCAGAAGCACGGAGAGACACGUCCUCGGGGGGGGGAGCAGACGAGAAGGCGCAGAAGAGAAGCUGCCAAAAACUUGAGAUGCCAGGUGAAGCGGAGGAGGCAGAGAGAGGAACGUCGGAGGCAUCGGCCACGCGGGAAAAAGGAAGGCCCAGAGCGUCGGAGAGAGAAGCCGGAGUCACCUUCAGUUCCAUUCGGGCCACGAUAUUCGACGCCGUCGAGGGCGAAGAAGAACAGUCUCUGCUGUGGCGCGAGUUCCUCAGCAGCGUGAGAAGGGCGAGGAAACGGAGGGAAGCAGCGGAAGAGGGCGAAGGCGACUAG